UCAGAAGAAAUAACUAGGCUACUAACUUUUUAUUAUAUAUUCAUAUUAUACGUUAUGUUAAGUAUGUUGUGUCGCUAGGCAGUCAUGUUAUUGUUUAGUUUCUGUUUCAUAGUACUAGUUUCUCUUAGAAUUAUAUGUAUACCACGAUUGAAUCAAGGCCUACUGUAAGCAGAACACAUUUGAGUUACUACACGCCAGCACCCAUGGCCCCCAAGGCUGAGGCAAAGCCCAAAUGCAAGAUUUCAGCCUCCCGGAAGCUAUCAUUGAAGAUUCUCUUGCUCACUCGUGCCACGGAGGAACUGGAGGCAGAAAAGGCUGCAAGAGAGGAAGAGAAGGUUCGCUACCUGGGAGAGAAGCUUCCACCGCUGCAGCUCACUGGUUUAAACAUAGAAGAAAUGCAGAAAUUGUGUAAGAAGAUUCAUGCCAUGAUUGAUGGGGUGGAUGAGGAGCGGUACGACUGUGAGGCCAAAGUCAUGAAGAACAACAGAGAUAUCCAUGAGUUGAAACUAAAAGUGCAGGACCUCGGAGGGAAGUUCAAGAAGCCGGCCCUGAGGAAGGUAAGAGUGUCAGCAGAUGAGAUGCUGAAGGCUCUGUUUGGAUCCAGAAACAAGGGCUCCAUGGACCUGAGGGCAAAUCUCAAAUCUGUGAAGAAAGAGGACAUCAAACAAGAGAAGGAGCUGACCAUGGACGUGGGUGACUGGCGUAAGAACGUUGAGGCUAUGUCUGGAAUGGAAGGCAGGAAGAAGAUGUUUGAUGCUGCUGGUGGCGUUCAAUAAAAAAGCUCCUCCAAUAACAUCGCGUGACGUUAGGGAGUGAUACUGAAACUGAAGAAUACAUAAAAUGAUAGAUAAAAAAAAUAAAUAAUACAA